CAAACAGUCCGCCCAGUGUGUGGAGUCAAGUAUCCUGAUCGCGUUUACGGGACAGACGGAUGAGGCACAGCUUUACGCAACAAUUGGGAAGUUUAUGUGGGUCGGUUUGAGCUCUCUGCAGGUCUGCUUUUACUCAAGCAACAGUCGCUUCAUCACACUAGAGACUUUAGACGCUGUGUGAACUGAAAUGCGCGCUCCAGUUGUGUCGACGCUCGUGCUGGUCUGGCUGUGGUGCUGCGGGAGCGCGCCGGGUGAACGGGGACAGAAGGUGUCCAGGAGAGCGCCGAGGACUCGCUCGUGUCUGGAUUUACCGGAGGAGAUUUUGGAGCAGAUGUUCGGGAGGCUCUCGGUCGGGGUGCUGAGCGCGUUUCAUCACACGCUGCAGCUCGCGGCUCCGGAGCGCCAGAAUCUGAGCUGUGGAUCAGCGUCCCGCCUGGCGCGCGACAGACCGCGAACACCGGUCAACCUGCUCAGCCUCUCGCCCUGGGCGUACAGAAUCUCCCAUGAUCCAGCGAGGUACCCUCGAUAUCUCCCAGAGGCGUACUGUUUGUGUAAGGGAUGCCUGACCGGUCUGAACGGUGAGGAAAGUGACCGCUUCCGCAGCACUCCAGUCUACAUGCCAACCGUCAUACUGCGCCGCACCGCGGGCCCGUGUGUGGGAGGCCGUCAUUCCUACACAGAAAGCUAUGUGUCCAUCGCUGUGGGCUGUACUUGUGUGCCAUUGUUGGAAAAAGACAGAAAAAUACAGAAAAGCAAGCCAAGCGUGAGGAGAGUCGCUUCCAAAAAUACAGUCUCCAGCAUCUUCAGCAAGGAUGAACUCAACUGAUCAGUUUUACACUUUUUUUUGUUGAGGUAUUCAUUUCAGAGGAUUUUCCUCAGUGUUUGCUCUCACCAACUGAAGAAAAACAGCAGACAGAACUUGGCACUCAAGACUAGAGUCUGCAGCUGUGAGGGCAAGCGAAAGGAAAACUUUUAGUGCCAAAAUACGAACAAAGUUGGGAAAAGUCAGUCAUCAUCCUGCUGUUAAAUACGUUAUCUGAGCACAAGUGUAUCACUACACACACGUUUCUUUUAAAGCCAAGCAUGAGUGCUAUAAUAAUGCAUAUCAUUUACUCAUUACUCAGCUUGACUUUGUGCCAGCUCUUCUAUGAUGGUUUUAUUAAAAACAACAACAUCGGUAACAUAAACGUCUAGUUUAUGGUAUAUUAUAUACAAAUACUUCAAGCCCAUUUUAUUCCAAUGGUUUGCC